AGCAGCUUUAUUCCUCUAUUAAAAAUCGAAUCUCAUUCUCCAUUUUUCCUCCCCCCUUCUCUCUCUCUCUCUCUCGCUCACUCACACACACACACCUCAGCAAAACUUGUUCUUCUUCUUCUUCUUUCAAAAAAUCUAACACAAUGAGCUUCUUCAUCGAAGAAUCUGGUCUCAUAGUCACUCAACUCCUCUACAAAAUGGCUGUUCUCAUCACCGUCCUCAGAUGGAUCUUCGCAUGGAUCUUACGCUACCGAUCCAGAUCUAGAUCCACCGCUUCUUCUUCUCCCUCUUGUCCCGCGAUUUCGUCACAGGCAAUCAAAGAAAGCCUCUCCGUGACGACGUUCCGUGACGCGGCCGAGAGAUCUCCGGCGAUGAUCAACGAUACAUGCGCUGUUUGUCUCGGAGAUCUGGAAGACGGAGACGAGGUUAGAGAGCUGAGGAAUUGUAGCCAUAUGUUUCACCGCGAGUGUAUCGACCGGUGGUUGGAUUACGUAUGUUGCGGAGGAGGAGAUGAGAAUAACGAAGGUGAGGAAGAUAACCACCGGACGUGCCCUCUUUGUAGAACUCCGCUUCUUGCUGCUAAUACGACGUCGUGUGGUGAUUGGCCUACUAAGAACGAACCUAGCUGGGCUGUUGAACGUCUUCUUUACCUCUUCGGAGAUGAUCUUCUCGUUUGAUUUUUACAACUUUUAUUUUCCUUUUUUCAAUUUUUAUUUGAUUUUAUUUUAUUUUAUUUAGUGGGAUCGAUUUUGAUCUAUAGAAAUUUACGUAGUUGUCAAUUUUUGUAAAUUGGGUGGGGGGGAUAUAAUGGUUAAAUCUAGGAAAUAUAAUAAAGAUUUAAUAUCAAUUUUAUCUUAAACCUCUGAUCAGAGAUUUCUGAUUUCA